CUGCACUACACCACACACUACACUCCACCACUACCCACAGAACCCUAGUGACGAGAUCACUACAUCCGCAAUAAUGCCUUCAGGUCAAGGAACCGGUACCAACCCAAUCCACAACAAGAAGCCCAAGAAGAAGGCUGCCGACCUCGACGAGGAUGAUCUUGCCUUCAAGGCCAAGCAGCAGGCUGACAAGAAGGCACGCGAGGAAAUGGCAUCCAAGGCCAAGGGCAAGGGACCUAUGAACACCGGCCAGCAGGGCAUCAAGAAGUCUGGCAAGAAAUAGAGAGCUGGGACGUGAACCGUUUGCGACCGAAAGGGAACGACACGGAAACGGAAGUGCCAGUCGAGGACAUUUGUUUCAGGAUACCAUACAUUCAGGCGUUUUUACUUGAGCGCGGCAGAAAAUACCACCUCCGCCUUACGAUCAACGAAGCAUAGGGAAUGAAUGAUACAUGCACUUUUA